AAAAAUAACACACAUAACUUUCCCUUUCCUUUCUCCUAUCACUCCCGUUAGCUCUCUGUCCCUCAUUCCUCUUCUUCCAUUUCUUUUUCCUUCCUUUCCCAAAUCAACCAAUUUUAUCACCAAAUCAAUCAUCCUUAAGAAUAAUUGAUCAUCUAAGUAAAGCAACUUCAUAUUCAAGCUCUAUUGGUAUAAAUUUGGGGGUUAGGGUUUGUGCUUUGAAGUAGAAGGAGAAUACCCAUAUUGUGAGAGUUGCUCAUUGAGACUCUUUGAGAUUCGGUGGAAAUUGCUCCGGUGGUCAUUCGGAAAGGCAUCACUAGGAAUUGAGUUCUUUCGUCAUAUAUGUGAAACAAUUUUGGGUUGUAAGGAUUCAUAGAUAUGUGAAUAGGGAUUAAUUUUGCUAUAUAUUUGGAACUAAAACUUCAUUUCAGUUUUUUUUUUUUUUUUCAAAUGCAUUCUUAUAGUUUUGGUUUGGUAAGUUAUAUGACAUUUAAUAGGUUGAAAAUGUGGCUUUGGUUCUCAAGAACUCCUAAUUUAAAUGGACUUCAUGGGGGCUUAAACAAGAUUCAAAUGAUUGAAGUUGCAGUACAAGGUCCUAUAAAAAGUCUGAUGCAAAUAUGGACUUGAUGACAUCUACAUGGAUUGAUUACUGGUUCCUAAAUCCUUCACUUUGCUCGGGCCGUUGCUCGCUUAGCUCAUCUCACUUGGCUGCUGCAAACAGAUAGAUGGAAGACAAUGAUAUUACAAGGGGCAGUGGAAGAGGUGCUGGUAUAAGCAUCAACAAAGUUAAGGGAAAUAAGGGAGGUAAGCAUAAAACUACUUUGUCGCAUUCUUCUAGAUUACAAGCACCUAGGCCUGCAGACACCCAACAAUCCCUAUCUACAAAGCAACCUACACAUCAUCCCAUAUCUCAAACACAUACUAACUUCCCACCUUUCCUCUCUACUUCAAGUCCACAAAUGUCUACUGUCCAUGCUCCCACUUCUCAAAUACCUACAAAUACCCAACAACCCCACUCUACAAUGAAACCUACACAUCAUCUUACAUCUAAAGCACCUUCAAAUAUCCAACAAUCGCUAUCUACAAAGCAGCCUACACAUCAUCUCAUAUCUCAAACACAUACAAACUUUCCACCUUUCCUCUCUACUUCAAGUCCACAAAUGUCUACUGUCCAUGCUCCCACUUCUCAAAUACCUACAAAUACCCAACAACCCCACUCUACAAUGAAACCUACACAUCAUCUUACAUCUAAAGCACCUUCAAAUAUCCAACAAUCGCUAUCUACAAAGCAGCCUACACAUCAUCUCAUAUCUCAAACACAUACAAAUUUCCCACCUUUCCUCUCUACUUCAAGUCCACAAAUGUCUACUGUCCAUGCUCCCACUUCUCAAAUACCUACAAAUACCCAACAACCCCACUCUACAAGGAAACCUACACAUCAUCUUACAUCUAACACACCUUCAAAUAUCCAACUUCCACAACCUACAAGGCAACUGAAACAUCAUCCCAUAUCUCAAACAUUUACAAAUUUCCCACCUUUGCUCUCUACUCCAAGUCCACAAAUGUCUACAAUUCAUACUCCCACCUCUCAAAUACCUACAAAUAUCCAAUCUCCCCACUCUACUCCUAGUCCACCACAUCUUUCUAAUACACAUAGACCAUAUGAUGUUGUAUCUGGUGGUGAUCCACAUGCAUCAUCAUCAUCAUGUGAUGAUUCGUAUCCGAUAGCUGGGAGUACAGAUCCUACUGAUAGGCGUAUAUGGAUCCGUCCGGGACCACAGUUAACGUUUGAGCCUGCUGUUAAGCCCCCACGUGACAUUACAAAGAUUAUAAAACGUUUGUUUCAAGGGACUUGGGCAACUUAUGGAGAGUUAAUGAAAAAAGACACGGCUCUUGCGGACUUGUGGUAUAACGAGUUUCAGAGGAUAUAUAAGUGGCUUCCUGAGCAUGAUCAAGACAUAAAGAAGACUUAUCAUCAUAAGGCAUCUGAUGGGUACCAAAAUACAAUGUAUCGGGUACGAAGAGGAAUUGACAAAGGCGAAUGGAUCCCUGCUCUAUUGCGUGAAAAAUUGGAACAAAAUUGGGAAGAUAGUAAAUGGAAGGACAAAGCAGCAGUUAAUAAGCGAAAUAGAAGAUCCUCUAAUGGUCCAUUGCACACUUGUGGGUCAAUUCCAACAAUUGAACAUUCUAAAAGAUUAAAAACUGACUCAAACAUGACUCCAAGUUGUUGGGAAGUGUAUCUAAAGACACACAAAAUGAAAGGUGAUCCAUCAAAGUGGGUAUCCUCCAAAUCUCAAAUGGUUGCGGAUGAAUAUGAAAGACGGAUUUUUGAAAGGAACUCACAACAAACAGAGGGGGAUGAUGUGUCUAAUGACCAUCAGUCAGACAACUUCAUCUUCUUGGACGUAGUUGGAGGAGUCGACAAGAAAGGACGUAUUUAUGGUUUGGGGACAGAGGCAGGAAAAUACAAGCCUUCUUCAUCCAGGUCAUCUGAUGGCAUCUCACCAUCUGAAUAUGAGCAUAUGAGGACUGCAAUAUCUAAAAUGUCAGCUGAAAACAUGGAACUCAAGGAGCGGUUAAAGACUAAUGAGGAAUUGAUUCGUGCAUUACAGGAGGAGUCACGUUUAGCUCGAGAGCAGGCACAACAGUCACAGGAGGAUUCACGAUUGCUCCGAGAGCAGUUCCAGAAAUUAAUGGAGUCUUUUACACAAGGCCAUUCGCAUCUACCUCCUUAUCAACCUCAUCGUUCGAGUUAGGAUUAACAUCUGUGUCCACCUACUUGAUUAUUUAUCAUAUUAUUUUGAAAAUUUAAUUAUAACUUUUAGUUUAAAGUAAAUGUUCUAAUACUAUUUAAUAAUUAUUUCAAUAUAUUUUGAUACAAAA